AUGUGGAUCGCUCGGGCGGCGGUGAUGGCGGGUGCGCUGAGCGCGCUCCCCGUCUCGGCGCAGUUCUUCCAGCAGAUGUUUACCCAAGGCAACGCCUUCCAGAGUCACGAGCAAGAGGCGCAUAGCGUCGGCGAUGCGUCCUGGUUCCACGAGCGGGUGCGACAAGCGCGGUGUACCGAGCACCUCUGCAGCGACACGCUCGCGUGCGUUUCCGAGCCGAACGAGUGCCCGUGUCCCUUUGCGGAGCAGACACGGUGCGUCCUCGGCGACGGCUACGUCUGCACACAGACCGCGGACUGUGCAGUGGUCGAGAAUUUGUACCGGCACCCCUAG